CCCUCUCCUCAGUUGCUGGGAGUGACAGGACACUUGCUGCUCAAGCAACAAGCUUAGUGUUGAUAUCUAAGCUCUAAUUUACCUAGCUAGCUAACUAGCUACCUCUUCAUUAAUUUUAGACAAAAGACAAAAUGGAGAUACCUAUGGAUCCCUUGUUUCUUGCAUGGAGCUACUUUAGAAGACGGAAGUUCCAACCAUGUUCCAAUAUUUGUUCGAAGAUAUUGGAGGACAGUCCAUACGACCAGGAACCUGACUCCUCGUCAUAUAUCUCUGAGGCUGCAUGGAGUCUGAAGACCCGUGCUCUGACAGAGAUGGUGUACAUUGAUGAGGUGGAGGUGGACCAGGAGGGGAUCGCUGAGAUGUUGCUGGAUGAGAGCUCCAUCGCUCAGGUUGCUCGCCCUGGGACAUCACUGAGGCUUCCAGGAACAAGCCAUGGAGGUGGACCUACUCCAGCCAUCAGGCCCAUGACCCAAUCGGGACGUCCUAUCACAGGGUUUGUGAGGCCCAGUACCCAGUCUGGCAGACCAGGGACGAUGGAACAAGCCAUCAGGACCCCUCGCACGGCACACACUGCCCGUCCUGUCACUAGUGCGUCUGGGAGAUUUGUCCGGCUGGGAACAGCCUCCAUGUUGACCAAUCCUGAGGGACCAUUUAUAAACUUAUCUAGACUCAACUUAGCUAAAUAUGCCCAGAAGCCCAAUUUAUCCAAGACCUUAUUUGAGUACAUCUUCCAUCAUGAAAAUGAUGUUAAAAAUGCUUUAGACCUGGCUGCUCUGGCCACUGAGAAUGCUCAGUUCAAAGACUGGUGGUGGAAAGUCCAGCUGGGGAAAUGCUACUACAGACUUGGUUUACACCGGGAAUCAGAAAAACAGUUCCGAUCUGCUCUCAAUCAUCAGGAGGUGGUGGACACGUACCUCUAUCUGGCCAAGGUGUAUCAGCGGCUUGAUCAGCCUAUAACUGCACUGAACCUCUUCAAGCAAGGUCUGGACCACUUUCCUGGGGAGGUCACUCUCUUAACAGGAAUUGCUCGCAUUCACGAGGAGAUGAAUAACUUCACCUCAGCCACAGAGUACUACAAAGACGUCCUGAAGCAGGACAAUACUCACGUUGAGGCUAUCGCCUGCAUAGGCAGCAAUCACUUCUACACGGACCAGCCUGAGGUCGCCCUGCGCUUUUACAGACGGCUGCUGCAGAUGGGAGUAUAUAAUUGCCAGCUGUACAACAACCUUGGACUGUGCUGCUUCUAUGCCCAGCAGUAUGACAUGACCCUCUCCUCCUUCGAGAGGGCUCUGGCCCUAGUGGCCAACGAUGAGGAGCAGGCUGACGUCUGGUACAACAUUGGACACGUAGCUGUGGGAAUAGGAGACCUGACUCUGGCAUACCAGUGUUUUAAACUGGCCUUGGCCUUCAACAACGACCAUGCUGAGGCCUAUAAUAACCUGGCGGUGCUGGAGCUACGCAAGGGACACAUUGAGCAGUCCAAAGCUUUCCUCCAGACCGCUGCAUCACUUGCCCCUCACAUGUAUGAACCACACUUUAACUACUCCACUCUGUCAGACAAGAUUGGAGAUCUGCAGAGUAGCUAUACUGCUGCCCAGAGGUCAGAGGAUGCCUUCCCUGAGCAUGUAGAUACCCAAGAGAUUUUGAAACACCUGCGCCAGCACUUUGCUGUGCUGUGAGCUACUGACCAACACACCUGACCUGAAAGUCCAGUCUGCCUGUGCAAUAGCUCACUUGUCAUAGUGUUGCUAUUAAACAACAGUGACUGGCCUCCUCAUGUAAUGGUUAGACAUCUUCACGAUCUACAGACAAAUAUUUUUCCUGCAGGGACACAACUGUUACUUGAUGGUGACAUUAUACAGUCUAAAUGAUACCAAGGGCAAUCUGGCGUGGGCAACUCACUGCACAUAAAUUAUUGUUAAACAGUAGUUUACAACUGCCUAGCCAAAUGUAGGUCUUAUUAGUUGUAAUUUAAGUGUUUUAUGUGCUUGUUUUUCUCUUCAAUGGUUGGUUAACAGGCUUGUAAAAUAGUGUACGGUACUUUUAAGCACUGAUUAGUAAAUGUACAUAGUAAAGUAUGAAUAUGGAAGAAACAAAUAUUUAUAGGAAAUGUAUUUAUACGGCUAUCUUUUUAUAGUGUAUUUUUGUACUACCACUCCUCUUGUCACAAUUGUUAUGCGGAGUGGAACAGGGGAACCCAAGAGCAGACUCAGAUGAGGAGACUGGGAUGAAGUAACCAAGGUAUUUAUUGAAACAUGGGGAGAUGGAGUGCAGGUCAGGGGAAGCUCUGGCAGGUUAUUGGGGGAAAAAAUGCAGAGGCUGAGGCUGGAGCGAGGGGAGUUGAGACAGGGUGAGCAGGUCCGGAGGGGAAUCCAGGACAGAGUAGCAGGAUGAUGAUGUUGGACUGGAGACAGACUAGUCAGAGCAGGCAUAAUGAGCAGAGAUUACGAUCUGGCAGUGAGGAAGCGGCAGGACUGAGUAUUUGUAGAGGUCUUGAUUAUGAAACAGGUUGCAGCUGGUGGGGAUCUGCUCUGACUCCAGCACACCUGUCUCCGCCCACACACAAUCUCACACACACACAGAGGGAGAGAGCAGUCAAGGAGACACCGGAUGAGCACUAGAGGGCGUGGCAGGAGCAGAUGUGACAACAAUUUGUAGUCUUGUUUGUUUUUGAUUGAUUACUCGUUAUAAUCAAAGAUACAGAACUCAUUCAUUUCUAUGCGUUUAACUUUACAGUAUGAUCAUUUAUUUCAGAUACAAUCUUAUGCUAUGUACAACUUCAAUUUACAUUUGAUUCCAAUGUCUAUUUUCAAUGUAUGUAUUUACUUAAUUAAAUAAUGGACAUUUUACAGUCA